AUGGAGGCCAAAAGGCCUCGAGGUACUGGAGGAUUUAGUGGUGGCCACGCAGCAGUUACAGCCCAUCACGGUAGAGGCUAUCCACUUUCUAGUGCACCUCUUGCACGAGCUGAGACUGCCCAAAAUGUCUUUAGUAAGAUCACAAAGAAGAGUGUGGAAGCCUGGAAUGUAAUGAUCUCCGGAUAUGUGUCAGCUGGAUACUACUUGGAGGCUCUUGACAUCUAUAAUGACAUGAAANUCGUGGGCCGCGUUAAUGGUUCAACAUCGCUAAAGCAAUGCAAACUCUUGCACCAAAAGAUUGUUACUUUAGGCUUACAAAGCAACAUUAUUUUUUCCAAGAAUCUAAUUAACCUAUACAUCUCUUGCCAAGAUUUCCAUUCUGCUAAGCUUGUUUUUCAAAAUCUUGAAAACCCUCUUGAUAUCACUUUGUGGAAUGGUCUNGGCCAAGCUUUUGAAGCUUUAAAACUCUUUAAUGAAAUGCUGCAUUCUAAUGUAAAACCCGACAAAGUUGCAUUCCUUGCAGUAAUUUCUGCAUGUGCUCAUGCAGGAUUAGUGGAUGAAGGUUGUCAUUAUUUUAUUUUAAUGGUCACUGUUUGUGGCAUCCAACCAUCAGCUGAAGAGUACUCGUGUCUUAUUGACCUUCUUGGGCGUGCUGGAAGAUUGCGUGAAGCCUAUGCAAUUCUACAGAGCAACCCACACAUCAGGGAGGAUGUGGAGUUGUUAAGCACAUUAUUUUCUGCAUGCCAUUUGCAUGAGGAACGAGAGAUUGGAGAAGAAGUUGCAAAGGUACUUAUUAAAAAGGACGUCGAUGAUCCAUCCACUUAUGUUGUUUUUGAAAAAAUGUAUGCUUCGCAGAACAAAUGGAAUGAGGUACGCAAGUUGAGACUGAAGAUGAAGGAGCUAAAAUUGAGGAAAAAACCUGGAUGUAGUUGGAUUGAAGUAGACAAGAGGAUUCAACCUUUCUUGGCAGAUGAUAAAUCAUUCCCAUUAGUUGACAACGUUUAUCAAUGUCUAUGCUUAAUAUAUAGUGACAUGGAAAUCUAUGAAUGCUUUAGUCAUAAUAGCAAGGGAGAUGAAUACUACUCACAGCCAGCUACUUGA